AUGAAAGCCACUGAGUCAUCAAAUUGUGAAAAUGAUUUUGAUUACAAUUUAUUUGAUCCUGGUUCACAGAACGCAACGAUUUCUACACCUAACACAGAUAUAGAUACUUUAGUUGAAUCAGUUUCAGACUCAUUUGUAUCUUCGGAAGAGGAGGGUGAUUUCAAUCAAUGCCUCAAUAAUAAAGAAGAAGAAAUAACAUUAGAAACCUGUUCAAAUACAUACUUUGCUGGAUAUUUGGCCAAAAAAUGUAUAGAUCAAUUUAAAUGCACUAAAUGUGAAUUAAUAAUUUUAAAAAGUAACGAUUUUUUGUUUGAUGACCAAGAGUAUUUAAUUUUUUACAAACAAUUUGAAAGUGCCGAUAUUGAAAGAAGUAGUCUCAAAAAGCCUUCUGAUUUAUUUAUAAACUUUGUUUCUACAGCACAAAAGUGUUUAAAAGAUUUUGUAGAACUAAAUCCUCAUAAAAGAAAAUUGUGUGCAACCAUCCAACUAAAAAUAAAAAAUGAAUUGAUUUCUGAUUUAAAUUUUGAUCCAAACUGUGAUCAACAUAUUGAUUUUAUUAUCCAAAAAUUAAUAAUUUGUAAAUUAUUAAGGCAUUUUAAUUGGACAUCUAAACAUUUGAAAGGACGUUCUAGUGUACAAACAGUGAAUAAAUUAAAAAUUUUGAAAAAUGUUUAA